AUGGACACCGCGGCCCUCCAGCGAGCACUGCCGCUCUGCCUCCUCCUGGCCGCCCUGCCCCUCCAGGCCUACAUCCCAGCACUGCCCGCCAACCAGUCCGCCGGAGCGCCCGCCCAGGGCGACACCAACUGGAUCAUCCAGCUCAACUGGCACCCCAUCGGAAUCUUCAGCGACGGAAUCACCCACCAGCUCAGAUCAGACAGCGCAAACCAUUCCAUCUUCGUAAGACAGCCACCCCAAACCAAACCAAACCAAGCCAUGCCCCCUUCACUCACGCCCCCUCCCCCACAGCAAGGCGUCCUGCUACACUUCUCCGAAUUCAAUGCAACCAAUCAGCCCCCCGCCAUCGUGCCCUGGAUCGCCAUGAUCAAUUGCGACUCGAAUGCGACGCUUUUCUCCAACCAAGACGAUAUAUUUACGAUGGCUCGUGAUCGGGGCGCGGCUGCUGCGAUGCUCUACAGCCUAACGUCCCACUCGUGCGUGGUCAACCCAGAGUAUCUGCAGAACUUCGACAAGCCGCUCGAUGUCUUCAGUGCGGCCAACCUCCAGGGCGCCAGAUUAAUCGAAUCCCAAUUCAGUAAUGUCCUCGGCGCCGGCUAUUGGUUCCAAUCCGGCUUGCUCAACUCGUCGGCCCCCACGAUUCUGGAACAGAUCAAGUCGCUCGGCUUGUCCAAUCUCACCGAUCCCCCCCCGCCCAAGCCCGCCCUACCGCCCAAUGCCACCCUCCAAGCCGGCCCAAACAACCAGUCAGACCAAGACUCGCCGCCCGAAUCAUCCGCCGACCUGCCUCGUGAGCGACGCUCGAUCCCGCUCGAUGAACACCCUCCUGGCGCUUCCAAGAAGCUACUCGCUCGUUCAUCCCCCUCUCACGAUCACGCCUCACACCUCAAGCUAAACAUGAACACCUCCCGGCACCCCUCCGGUACGGAUACGAACGCAGCCCCAGUCUACCUCAUUGCUACCCUCGCUAAUGCCGAAAUCACCGGUAACUUGGAUCAACAGAAACAAGACAGAAAUCAGAGCAGCAACUUCCAGAGUGCUCCCGGUAACAGCAACAAUCCGAACACCGGCUUGGCCAUGAUCAUUUUAUAUGCUAUCACCGGAUGCGUGUCAUUUAUGUUCCUGAUCGUGAUUGUCUCUGGGGCGAUACGGGCCAUUCGGAACCCCGACCGGUAUGGGCCUCGGCCAGGUGGCCGGGUGGACCCUCAAACUGGCGAAGAGGAUCCUUAUGCUCAACCUCGUCAGACCCGUGCUGCAGGACUUGGAAAAGCCAUCCUCGACACGUUCCCGAUCGUGAAGUUCGGCCGGCAGCAGAACGACCCCAAGUUCGACUCCGAAGGGAGUAACGGCGUGUCAGAAGAUCCGAAAGCAAUCGUCAACGCCGCCCGUCUUGGUCAAGAGAAUAUCAUGAUGCGCGAACGCGAUCCGGUUCAGCCUUCGUCAGAUCCGGCAGUCAAGGAUGAAGCAGAGAGUGAGAUUGAAGAGGAAACGAGAUCGAACGCGAGUGAUGCGAGCCCGUGGCAGCUUCCUGCAUCGCAAGUCCCUCUUAUGUCGCGGUCUCGGCUGUCGAUAAAUAGACCAUCAGUCGACCCGCAGAAGGGCCAGGACAGUCCCAACUCGGACAUCAGAGUAGACGGCCAUGACACUGCAAGCGACCAUGGAGAUUCGACCCGAGUCGUUCUGCCCCAACCCGCCGAGCCAAAUGACGACGUGGCCAAGACGAACGACGAUGAUGGGCCCAUCGGGCGCGACCUGGUGGCCGUGAACAAUUCGAUCACCUGUCCGAUUUGUGUGUGCGACUUCGAGGACGACGACGACAUCCGGAUGUUGCCGUGCGACGCGCGCCACCAAUUCCACAAGGAAUGCGUCGACCCCUGGCUAUUGAACGAGUCCAAGUUCUGUCCGCUGUGUCGAUGGGACCUGAGCACGCGAAAAGACGGCUCGAAGAUCGAGACGGACGCGGCCGUUGAGGCGGGAAGCGACCCGCCGAGCCCGGCUCCAUCAGGGCGUCCGAUGGGCGAGCCGCCCGGCCCGGGGCCGGCAAGGCCAGGCUCAUGGGCGUCGGCCGGCCCGUCGGCCGACGCCCGCCCUCUCCCGCCAGGAGGCUCGCCACGGACCCGGACCAGCACGCUCCUGGCCAUCGUCCCCCACGUCCGCACCCGCAGACGCGACAACGGCCGCUUCCACAAAUACCUCGCCCUCAUCCGCCGCAACAAACCGCCCCCUCCGCCCUCCUCCUAA